AAUCCGAAACUGGGGCUCCCGGCUCCGAAGGUCUUGACGAAGAAUACACUUUUGAGGGAGGCUCAGGAAUGUGAGACCUUGAGGAGGGAGUUUUUGGCUUUGCAGGAGAAGAUUAAGAAGGAGGAGAUCAGCGUUCCGUUUGUUUUUUAUGAUGGUAGGUGUUGUGCAUGCUCCAAUUUUUGAAGUUGACAUACGGCUAACACCCACUAGGCACUAAUGUUGCUAUGCCCACCGGAGAGGGAGUGACAGUUAAGAAAGGCGAGGCUGUAUGGCUCUUUCUCUAACGUGCUAGGAGAAUGUCUGGACGCAGGGAGUGGCUCAGGGUUUUGGUUGAUGAUUUACUGCUUGUUCGCGGUGAAGUGAUAAUACCUUACGUAUUUCUUCCACCUCUUCCUUCCUUUUCGCGAUCACUAACUCGCUCGAUAGCACUUUGAAUUCUACUAUUUUAUCGUCAAUCGCACGAUGGGGCCAGCGGAUUAUUGUUUGAUUUCCUUUCAUCCCCAUUGCCCGCUUCCCAGACUUGCACUCUGAAUCCCAAUAGAGAUGAUCCUACAAUGACAAAAGUGGUGGAUCGUCGCUGGUACGAACGGAAUAAGCACAUAUUCCCUGCGAGCGUGUGGACGGAAUUUGAUCCCAAUACAGAUUACUCAAACAUGGUACAGCGGGAUAUGGGUGGGAAUGCAUUUUUU